AUGUCUUCCUCACACGAAUAUCUUCAUCCCCUCCACCGGCCAGAAGACCCUGGCGAUUACUCCGGCUCCGAUGACGACUUGGACCUCGAGGAGCUCGAUCCUGAUACGGCACCACCUCAAGCCUCCCGUACUUCAAGAGAUUAUACAAGUCGCUCACGAAAUUAUGGACCUGGCAUAGCUCUGCGAAACUUGCGUGUAGGUGUGGGCAGUAGAUGGAAACGAGGCGCCUCUGGGCACCACGGGGAAGCAGAUGGGGACACAGAUGCCUUGCUGGAGGACCGCGGGGAUGAUGGAGCUCGAAUGUCACAUGGCAGCUCACAAAACAUGGCGGAGGAUGAUGCGCCAUUGCUUGAUCGUCGGGACUCAACUCGGUUGUCUCGGGACGAUGAACCAUCGAAAAAGGGCGGCUGGUUUCGUCUACCAAGUCUAAGAGGCCCCGGCUUCCUUCAGAGUGCGACAAACCGGCUACGGGGAAAUGUGGAGGACCAUGAGAAUAAACCUCCACGCGAAGUCCUUGUCGGCCAAUACCAAACCACCAAGUACCCGGCGAACGUUGUCUCGAACGCGAAAUAUACCCCCUGGAGCUUCUUGCCUCGCACACUGUAUAACGAAUUUUCCUUCUUCUUCAACAUCUACUUUUUGCUCGUCGCCUUAUCGCAAGUCAUCCCUAUACUCCGGAUCGGUUACAUGUCUUCAUAUAUUGCGCCUUUGGCGUUUGUCGUCUCAAUAUCUUUAGGGAAGGAAGCCCUUGAUGACAUUGGUCGACGACGUCGGGAUGCCGAGGCCAAUGCGGAGGAGUUCACGGUGGUCUCGCUUGAGAGGUCAAAUCCGAUGGAGAUGACGAAAAAGUCUCGCGAUUUGAAAGUUGGGGACGUUCUCAAAGUCCGCAAGAACCAGCGCUUGCCCGCUGAUGUCGUGAUUCUGAAGAGUGUCUCAAACGAUUCAAGCUCAGAGCGUAAGCGCCAAGCUUCUAUAGAUGAGCCCGCCCCUGGGCCAUCUACUGACCUUCUCAACUCUCCUGGUCCGGGUCCUGCCGAAGGAACUUCCUUUGCAAAUCCCGCAGACCCCUCCUCUGCUAGCGACACUUUCAUCCGAACUGACCAGUUAGAUGGUGAAACUGAUUGGAAGCUCCGACUACCUUCUGUUCUCUCUCAAGGUCUUCCUUUGAAUGACCUGUCACGACUCAAGAUCACCGCCAGUCCUCCAGAUAAGCGGGUCAACGAGUUCCUUGGCACCAUUCAACUUGGCCCUCCUACUGGUUUCUAUGAUGCCCACGUCGACAAAUCCACUGCUUCCAACAGUAACAGCGGUACCCAGGAUACCGAGAGCCAGCAUGCCAACUCAGCCCCGUUGACGAUCGACAACACUGCUUGGGCCAACACUGUUCUCGCUUCCAACACCGUGACCUACGCCGCGAUCAUUUACACAGGUUCGCAAACUCGAGCAGCUCUUUCCACGUCACCUUCCAGGUCAAAAGUUGGCUUAUUAGAGUAUGAGAUCAACAACCUGACGAAAAUCUUGUGCGCCUUGACUCUCGCCUUGUCCAUUGUUCUUGUUGCCCUGGAAGGCUUUGAGCCGACAAACGACAAGGAGUGGUAUGUCGCGAUCAUGAUCUACCUCAUCCUCUUUUCUACCAUCAUUCCCAUGAGUCUUCGAGUCAAUCUAGACAUGGCAAAGUCUGUCUACGGUCGAUUCAUUCAACGCGACAAGGACAUCCCCGACACCUUGGUGCGAACGAGCACAAUCCCGGAGGAUUUGGGCAGAAUUGAAUACUUGCUCUCAGACAAGACAGGGACUCUGACUCAAAAUGAAAUGGAGUUGAAAAAGAUUCACGUUGGCACUGUAUCCUAUGCCAACGAGGCAAUGGAUGAAGUAACUUCGUUUAUUGGUCAAGCAUUCGCAGGCAAUGCUUUGACAACACCGUCAACUGUAUUUGGGACUCAAGCUGGGCAGGCUGCUGCUCCGCGCACCAGAAGAGAAAUUGGAUCUCGGGUCAGAGAUCUCGUUCUAGCCCUUGCUGUUUGUCACAACGUCACUCCAACUGGAGAAGAGGAAGAAGACGGGCGAAAAGUGACCAACUAUCAAGCUUCAUCUCCCGAUGAGAUUGCGAUUGUUCGAUAUACCGAGGAUGUUGGGUUGAAGCUCUCGUAUCGCGAUCGCCAAAGCAUCGUUCUCGAAUCUACCGACGCAAAGCAGGUUGUCGUUCGCGUCAAAAUCCUCGACAUAUUCCCGUUCACCUCCGACAGCAAGCGCAUGGGUAUUAUUGUUCAAUUCGAGCAAACUGAGAACGUUCUUGAGACUGAAGCUAGUGCAGAACCCGAGAUCUGGUUCUAUCAAAAGGGCGCAGAUACAGUCAUGACAUCAAUCGUCGCAGCAAAUGACUGGCUUGACGAGGAAACUGCAAAUAUGGCUCGCGAGGGUCUACGAACUCUUGUUGUUGGGCGUAAGCGCCUUUCCCUCCAGCAAUACCAGGAGUUCGCUGGCAAGUUCAAGCAGGCCUCUCUCUCCCUUCAGUCACGAGACGUCGGCAUGGCCAAGGUUGUAAGCGAGUAUCUCGAACGAGACCUGGAACUGCUCGGUGUCACAGGUGUGGAAGAUCGCUUGCAGCGAGAUGUCAAGUCUUCCCUGGAGUUGAUGCGCAAUGCAGGUAUCAAAAUCUGGAUGUUGACCGGAGAUAAAGUCGAGACUGCACGCUGUGUCGCUAUCUCUGCCAAACUGGUCUCUAGAGGACAGUACAUCCACACUGUUUCCAAGGUGACGGACAAAUCAACCGCCCAAGAAGCAUUAGACUUCCUCCGCAACAAGACCGACUGCUGCCUUCUAAUUGAUGGCGAGUCUCUCAAUUUGAUGCUGGGAGAGUUCCGCUCAGCUUUCAUCGCCGUUGCGGUGCUCCUGCCUGCCGUUAUUGCGUGCCGUUGUUCGCCGACGCAGAAAGCUGAAGUCGCCAACCUGAUCCGUCAACACACUAAGAAACGUGUCUGUUGCAUUGGUGACGGUGGUAACGACGUCUCCAUGAUUCAAGCUGCCGACGUUGGUAUUGGCAUUGUGGGCAAGGAAGGUCGCCAGGCUUCUCUUGCUGCGGACUUCAGUAUCACCCAGUUCCACCACCUCACCAAGCUCCUGGUCUGGCAUGGCCGCAAUUCAUACAAGCGAUCUGCCAAGCUUGCACAAUUCAUCAUGCAUCGUGGUUUGAUCAUCGCUAUAUGCCAAACCAUGUAUAGCAUCGCGGGCCACUUUGACCCGAAGGGUCUGUUCAUCAACUGGCUUAUGGUCGGAUAUGCAACGGUCUAUACCAGCGGACCCGUGUUCUCGCUCGUGUUUGACAAGGAUGUCGAUGAGCGCCUUGCCAAUCUCUACCCCGAGCUCUACAAAGAACUCAAGACAGGCAAGAGCUUAAGCUACCGCUCGUUCUUCACCUGGGUUCUUAUUUCCGUCUACCAGGGUGCUGUCAUCCAGGGUCUAUCUCAGAUCCUGCUGAAUACCAUUACUGGGCCACGUCUCAUCAGUGUAUCUUUCACGGCACUGGUCUUGAAUGAGUUGGGGAUGGUCGCCAUCGCAAUCACGACCUGGCAUCCCGUGAUGAUCGUUUGUCUUCUGGGUACCCUCUUACUCUAUGCUGGCAGCAUUCCCUUCCUCGGUGGCUAUUUCAACCUCCACUUUGUGGUCACCCUUGACUGGCUGUGGCGUGUCUUUGCCGUUUUGGCCGUUUCGCUGAUUCCCGUAUGGGCCGGCAAGUUGAUCAAGCAAUCGUGGAGCCCGCCAAGCUAUCGCAAAGUGCGCGGCUGA